AUGGCAUUUUACAUCAAAGGUCCAAACUUUGCAGCACUGAAGAUAGGUGGUUUUAAGUUAACUCCUCAAGAUCAGAAACUCACAUUCGUCCAAGAAACCGUUGUUACAGAGUGUAACGAUUUUUCUGGAUAUGAGUUUGGGUUUUCAUUUGUUGAUUAUCAAAACAUUUUAUCAUUCGCCCAUCCUCAAGAUACAUAUGUUGAUGUUAUGGGUUUAGUUGUCGCACUUGCUGAGAUACAACGAGAUCAUCCAGAUAAAUCAAAACACAAGCUCAACAUCAACAUCCAAGAUGCAAAAGGCUUGCAACUUCGUGUCUAUUUGUGGGGUGAUUAUGCGUACAAGAUGCAAGAGUAUAUACAUAACAAUUCACAUAAUCGUCGUAUCGUGAUUAUUCUUCAAUUUGGUCAGAUUAACGUUUUUAGAGAUCGUCCAAGUGUAAACACAUACUUUACCUCUUCCAAGUUGUUCAUUAACUCUGACAUAGAUGAAAUUAUUCAUUUCAACAAAAGUUUGGAUGGAGAUGAUGGUCCAGAUUCAUCUACAAAUACAUUUUCAGUUAUUCCAUCCAAUCAACUUUCUGAAUAUGAUGAUUUCAUGGUAAAAAAUAAGUUGAAUGCUAUCGCUGAGGUUUGGGAACCCGUUGAGGAUGCAAUUUCUGGAACGGACGAUAACAUUACUCCUUCCACUCUCGACAAAAACGAGACAACAAGCCCGAUGAAGAGUUUAACCACAACAUCGAUCUUAAAGAGAAAUCUGGAAGAAGUUUUUGAUUUAGAGUCGAAUGAUCACUUAUCAUCAUCAAAAACUCCAAAAAUAUCUCCAGAUGGUCCAGGAAAACAGUUGUUGAAGGUAAAGUUGGAGAAAAAUGAUUGA